AUGUCUAAAGAUAAACGCGGAAGAAUAUUUUUUAAUUCACAUGGAUCAGAUAAUGAAAGGGAUAAUUCGAAGCGCUCAAAAACUGACCACAAAUCUAACUAUUCAGAGAUAAGUCCGCAUAAUGGUUCAAAUAAAAAAAAAAAUAAAGAUAAAUUAAAAAAUGAUAAUACGAAAACUUGUAAAGAAAAUAUAAACUCAUUUAGUUCUCCUAAUUCUACUAGUAGCAUUUCGGAUUUGAACAACCUUGAUUUCGAUUUAUCCAAUGGAUCAUCUUCGAAUAGUGAAAAUGAAUUUAAAUUUCUUAAGGAAAAAGAAAAUGAAGAAAAAUUUUUAGAAGAAAGACGCAGGAAAAGAGAAGCAAUAAAGGAAAGACUGAAAAAUAUGAUGGACGAAAAUAAUGACAACAAUAAACAACAUGAUGCUUCAAAUAAUCAUGAUAAAGAAAUUGAAGUUAGUAUUGAUUCAAAUGCAAACAUAAAUGACAAAUGUGAUAACACUUUCACAUCUUGUAAAAAAAAUGAUAUGUCAGAAAGUUUAAGUGGAAUGCCAUCUAUGCUAGAUGAAAUAGAGCAAAAUGAAGCAGCCUGUAUUUUUGCUCCCAACAAUGAAGUUAUCGAAGAGACAUGUUCUUCUUUAUCUUCUGAUCAUGAAAUAAUAGAUGACAAAGCUCCUAAUGAAAAAAAUGAAACAAUAAAAGAAUCGAAUGAUUUAUAUAGUGAUUUAAAAAAAAAAAUUAAUGAAGAAAAAAUAAAAAUUCGAAAUUUUAUAAUUAAGCAAAAGGAAUUACAUGAAAGAAAUAAAAUGAAUGGUGAUGAUGCUGCAUAUAUUGAUAAGAUAAAAGAAAACACUGAAAGUAUAGACUUUCAAGAGCAAGAAGAUAAUAUUGACAACGAUGAUGUCGAUAUGUUUUCCACUGAGCAAACAAAUAAAAAGAGAACAAUCGAAAAGAUCAGAAUAACCGAUUAUUAUCCUGCAAACAAUGCAAAUUUAUCCGAUAAUUGGAAUGACUCGGAAGGGUAUUACAAGGCUAUUGUCGGAGAAGUUAUCGAUAAUAGAUACAGUGUUGUAUGCGAAUUAGUCGGGAAAGGAGUCUUUUCAAAUGUUUUAAAAUGUUAUGACAUGACAAAUAAAAUGCAUGUAGCUAUUAAAGUUAUUCGAGAUAAUGAUAUGAUGCAUAAAGCUGCAGAAAAGGAAAUAUCUAUUUUGAAAAAAUUAAAUGAUUACGAUAAAGAUAAUAAAAAACAUAUUAUUCGCUUGUUAAGAAGUGUAAAAUAUAAAAAUCAUUUGUGUUUAAUUUUUGAAUGGAUGUGGGGAAAUUUACGAAUAGCCCUUAAAAAAUAUGGCAAUGGACAUGGACUGAAUGCUGCUGCUGUACAUUGCUACACCAAACAAUUGUUCAUAGCCCUAAGACACAUGCGUAAAUGCAGAAUAAUGCACGCAGAUUUAAAACCAGAUAAUAUACUUAUCAAUGAAAAAUUUAAUGCUUUAAAAGUAUGUGAUCUCGGAAGUGCAAGUGAUAUAUCAGAAAAUGAAAUAACCUCAUACUUAGUUAGUAGAUUUUAUAGAGCCCCUGAAAUUAUAUUAGGCUUUCGAUAUGAUAGCCAAAUUGAUGUUUGGUCUGCAGCAGCUACUGUUUUUGAAUUAGCUACUGGAAAAAUAUUAUUUCCUGGUAGAUCAAAUAACCAUAUGAUAAAAUUGAUGAUGGAAUAUAAAGGAAAGUUUUCCCACAAAAUGAUUAAAGGUGGCCAAUUUUAUUCACAGCAUUUUAAUGAUAACUUAGAUUUUAUUUAUGUUGAUAGAGAUCACUAUACUAAAAAAGAAGUAGUAAGAAUUAUAUCAGAUUUGAGACCUACCAAAAAUAUAACUUGCGACCUUUUGGAGCACCAAUAUUGGCUGAAAGGAAAUAGUCCCAAAAUGCAAUUUUUAAAAAAAAAAAUGAAGCAAUUAGGAGACUUAUUAGAAAAAUGUUUGAUGCUAGAUCCUUCCAAAAGAUAUACGCCAGAUCAAGCAUUGCAACAUCCAUAUUUAAGAGAGUCAAUACAUUACUCAAAAAUGCAAAAUGAUUAA